GUGCGCCCCGCGUCCCUGGGGGGCGUCGGCGGCGUCGGCGGGGGAGGCAGCAGGGGGAUCCGGAAGUCAACACCAUGUCGAGUCUACACAAGAGCCGGAUUGCAGAUUUCCAGGAUGUCCUGAAGGAGCCCACGAUCGCCUUGGAAAAGCUUCGGGAACUCAGUUUUAGUGGCAUCCCCUGUGAGGGCGGACUGCGGUGCCUCUGCUGGAAGAUUCUCUUGAACUACCUCCCGUUGGAGAGAGCCUCAUGGACCUCCAUCCUGGCCAAACAGAGGGAGCUAUAUUCUCAGUUCCUGAGGGAAAUGAUCAUCCAGCCCGGCAUUGCCAAGGCCAACAUGGGUGUGUCCAGGGAGGAUGUGACCUUUGAGGACCAUCCACUCAACCCCAACCCCGACAGCCGGUGGAACACGUACUUCAGGGACAACGAGGUGCUGCUGCAGAUCGACAAAGAUGUCCGGAGGUUGUGCCCAGACAUAUCCUUCUUCCAGAGGGCCACCGAGUACCCCUGCCUCCUCAUCCUGGACCCCCAGAAUGAGUUUGAGACCCUUCGUAAGCGGGUGGAACAGACGACGCUGAAAUCCCAGACAGUGGCCCGGAACCGGAGUGGGGUGACAAAUAUGAGCUCCCCACACAAGCUCUCUGCGUCUUCAUCCCCGAAUGAGUAUGAGGUGCUGCCCAAUGGCUGUGAGGCCCACUGGGAGGUGGUGGAGCGGAUCCUGUUCAUCUACGCCAAGCUCAACCCUGGCAUCGCUUACGUGCAGGGCAUGAAUGAGAUCGUGGGGCCCCUCUACUAUACCUUUGCCACCGACCCCAAUAGCGAGUGGAAAGAGCACGCCGAGGCAGACACCUUUUUCUGCUUCACCAACCUCAUGGCUGAGAUCCGGGACAACUUCAUCAAGAGCCUGGAUGACUCACAAUGUGGCAUCACUUACAAGAUGGAAAAGGUGUACUCUACCCUGAAGGAUAAGGACGUAGAACUCUACCUGAAACUGCAAGAGCAGAACAUCAAGCCCCAGUUCUUCGCCUUCCGCUGGCUGACGCUGCUGCUGUCCCAGGAGUUCUUGCUGCCCGACGUCAUCCGGAUCUGGGACUCCCUCUUCGCCGACGACAGCCGCUUUGACUUCCUCCUCCUCGUCUGCUGCGCCAUGCUCAUACUGAUCCGGGAGCAGUUGCUGGAGGGGGACUUUACCAUAAACAUGCGGCUCCUGCAGGAUUACCCCAUCACAGAUGUCUGCCAGAUCCUACAGAAAGCCACGGAGCUCCAAGACUCGAAGUAGCCUGGCAGCAAGAGGCCCAGGUUUGGAAGAGAAGACGCUGACCCUGUGCCCUGGCUUCUGGGACACGCAGAUGCCUGUGGGCUCCCAGCCCGAGGGGAAGCUGCAGGAGUGGCCCGCUCCAGACCUCCUCACCCUAGGCUGCUCCCACCGGGGCACACUGUGCCAUGCUCCUUCCUAACCACCAAGCCCUGGCACCCUCCUCACCCUGCAACCCUGGGACCCUUUGCCCAGGCUGCUGAGCAAGGCUGGAGCUCAUGAAGUUGUUUCCUGGGGCUGGGGCAGAUUGGGGGCACUGGGGGCUGGCAAGGGUCCCUCCCUGCUCUGCUCUGCUGCUCCCUUCCCCUUCUCCUCUCUGGUCUUCUUCUGGGCUUUGUUCUGGGGAGGUGCUUGGCAAAUGAGCCAGAAACCGCUUCUUCUGGGGGUUGGUGCUUAGGCUUCUCCAUGGGGAAGGUGACACUGUGAAGGAGCUAAGAAGCUGCCAGGCCCAGGUCACACCCUCUUUCCCUCUCCCAGUGAGUGUGUGUCUGCCUGUAGUUGUGAGUUGGUGUGUCAUGUGUCUCUUCAUCCCCCAGGUGUCAGCUUCUCCCCGCUCUGUGUGUCUGUCAGUGUGUGUGUGAGGGAGGGGAGAGUGUCUCUGAUCCCUCUAGGUCUCUGCUUCUUCUCUGCCCCUCUGCCUCUCUCCCUCCCUCCUCCCUCCACCUCUUUCACAGAUGGUGUGUGUGACUCUUGCUCUGUCUGCUCCUCUCUCCAUUGCUCUCCCUCUGCCUUUCUCUCUUGGGGUGCCUUAUCCCCAGCCUCUUCCUCUCCCUCCUCCCCUCCACUCUUGUGAACCCCCGAGACAGAAUGAGGAGUCUGGCUCAGCAGAGCCCCUGGAGGUCAACCCUGGCCUUUGCACCCUGUUCCCAUCCCCGCCCUCGGCUCCCAGGUCCCCCAGGCUGGGAGGGAGUCCACAGUGCCUCACUGGAAGGCCCUGAAUCUGCUACCCGCGACGGAAAUCUAGGAAACCAAAAGCUGCUGAGAAAUGAUGGCCCAUGAAGCUUUGAGCCUCUUCCCCUCCUUUCUGCCCAGGGAUGGAGGAGGGAGAAGAGGGGGAGUUGUGGCUCCCAGAGAGUCCCCAAAAGGCUCUCCUCUUCCAAAGGAAAAGGACAUGAAGGUGAUUCUGUUCCAGGGGUUGGGAUCCAAGUGCUUCAGAAGAGUGGUCAUCCCAUGGCUUCCAGGUCCCAGCCUUGGACGCUGAGUCCCAUAGAGGGCAAGUGUGACCAGAGAGAGCCUCCCUGGGCUGGGCGCAGCUGAGCCCCAAGGCCCUGGACCUGUCAGUGCCGGGAGAGCCGUGUCUCCCCCAAGCAGGCUGAAGGGGAUGCUGGCCCUUCUCUGGUCACCUGCUGGGGCUGUCCCCACGAUUUGGGGCAGGUACUCUGAGCAGGAGCAGCUGGAGGAGUGACUGUAUUCUGAGCAAGUCCCCUCUCUCCUGUGAGGAGAUGGGUGGUUUGGGUUUGGAAGGCUAGGUAAUGUAGCAAGGGUCCCCACCCUCUCCUCAGACUGGCCAGCAGGGCACUCUUCCCCCAGAGCCUUCGAGUCUGGCAGCCAGGACUUCCUGCUGCCUACCCUGGCCCGGCUGUGGCUCCUUUACCAGGCUGUGCCCUGGGUGCUGCUGGGAUGUGAUGUACUUGCUGUUUUGCCUCCUCCUUUCCCAACACACAGUAUUUCGGAGAUUUUUACUAUUUAUUUAGACUUCUGGUUAUUUAUUGCAGAUUGGCAAGUGCUUGGUUUGGGGAUGAAGGGUGGGGCUGGGAAGGUGGAAGGGAGUUGGAGAGACAGUCUUCCUGGCCUUCCAAGGGCAGAGUCAGCAUUUCUCCCCCUGCCUUUGGGACCUUCCUGGUUUUCCAGCGGGUCCUGGUGGGGAGGGCUGAGCUCUGUACUGGAGCUGAGCGCAAGGGAGACGGAGCUGGUAUCCUUACCAGACUCCAAGACCCUGGCACCAGGCAGAGACACUGUUUCCCACCAGCCGGGCUCACCCUCUUCCCAGAAGGUGUCAGCUGGUGGUUCACUCCCAACUUUGACCUCUUCACAGCCUGAGGCUGGGGCCACAGCCCGGACACAGACACUGCCCAGGACACCUGAUGCAUUCCCUCUUGCCUGUCCCCCUGCCUUCCCUCUUGGGGCCACACUACUUGAAUCACUGCAUCUGAUUUGCCUCAGUCAGACCUGGGGCUGGUCCCUUCUUGACCUUGGGAUGAAGAUCAAGAGCACAGGGACGGGGCCAGAUUGGGCUGAGCUCCCCAGUGGGAUACUGCCUGAGGAAAGGACCUGCCCUUGGUGAGUCCCCUCCCCAGCCUCUCAAGGGAGGUCCCCAGAGUGCCGGAGUGCCUGAGGCUUCCCUCUUGGAAAGCUGCCCGCAGGACUUUGGACACUUACAGAUUGGGCUGUCUGAAUUCAGCAGGUCUCACUCCAGAGGGUCAGAAUGUUUGCUUCUGUUUGUUCAUCAGUUUUGUUCUUGAGUCGAUGCUGUUGAUGACAAGUUGUCUUUAAUAAAUCAUGUGUUCUUUGCAAUGGG